GGAGCAAGUUGCAAUGAAUAUUUAACGAAUUAUAGAAUGGAUGCUACAACAUUUGUCAAUAUGCGUGGAUUUGAUAAUUUGACUCAACAAUAUUGUUAUAUUUUUAAUCCCAAUAACGGAUCACCUGACGUAAAUUCUCUUGCAUUUGAUAAUUCUACUCAAAAGAUAGCACUCGCAUUAUGGUCGAGCGAGGCUGCAAAUAACACGUUAGGUGCCAUCACGCAGGAUAGAUGGUUUUUUUUUGGUACUUUCAACGAAUUUGAAGAUCCAACAUUUGUUAAAUUCCAAAUUGUUAAAAUGCCAGCGAUUUCUUACAUAUAUUUUAACAGAAUCGAAAAAUAUGAUGUUUCAAAAGCAGAUGCCAUAACCGGUGGUGGUACAAAUUCGGGUACACAAACUCACUCCGGAGCAACUAUCGUGUACGAGACUACGUUCACAAGCUUUGCUAUUGAAGGAUUUAAAAUAGAUUCUCAUCUUUGGGUACUUUUUAGGAUUAUUCCAUCCAAUUAUGUAACUAAUACAAAAACAAAUUCUCAAGAAUAUCCUGUAGAGAUUUGGUUUAACCGAGUGGAAUUUUCUCUAUUCCAACUAAUUGCUAAUAUGGGUGGUCUAAUAAGCAUCUUUAGUGUAGUAUAUUUUUUUUUGUUAGGAUCAUGGAAGAUUCUUAAAUCGGUUCCGCCACCUCCAGAAUUUUAUACUUUCACGUCCAAACCUUAUAUAGAAAAUUCGAAUAUUCGCCCUCAACAUGAUAAUGGGACCAAUUUCUCGAAUAACUCACUUCGACAUGGUUCAGGAACAGGCCUUUCACUGUCUGAUGUACAAACGCAUAAAGAAACGAGGGUUUCAGUACCUUCACAGCCCGAUAUUCCACAAUCACCAGAACAACGAGUACAUAGAGAAUAUAUGGAACGUUAUAUCGAACCAUCAUCAUCAUCCUCAGACAUGGAUGAUCCAAGAAUACAGAAAUUAAGGAAUGAUUUGAGAGCAGAAGUACAAAGAACAAUUGCUAAUGAACUAGCGAAACUAAAAUUAUUUUUAAGUAAAUAUUAUCUUAAAGAUGUAAUAAAGAUAAAUUAA